GUGUGUCUGUGUGUCUGUGUGUGUGUUUGUGUGUUUGUGUGUGUGUGUGUUCUCAAAGGACUGAGCAGGCAGCCUCACAGCAAGCAAACAUGCCUCCAAAGAAAAAGACAAAAAAGACCACAAAAAAGAGUCCAGAAAAAAGUGAAAAUGACUUAGAGACAAAGUAUAGGCGCAGUAUGCUGGAUAUAGCCGUCCUACAGGAUCGAAUUGCUUUACAGUGUGAGUCUGUAAGAAAGAUCCAGUCUGAUAGAAUUGACCUGAGCACACGCAUGAGAGACAUGGAGCAGAAGCUGCAGCACGAGAGACAGGACCACAGGGACGUCAACUCUGCCCUUAGUCGCCAGUUCAAAACCAUGCAGACAGAGCUGACCAACAAGGUGAAGAGACUGGAGAAGGAGGUCAGCCAAUUGAAUGAAGAACUUGCCCUGUGUCAGGAGGAACUGAGGAAAGAGAAAAGAGAGCGUGAGAAGAUGGAACAGGACAAUGACGCCACCAUCUCUGACCUCCUGCACAAGCUGGACAACAUGGAAACGCACUACGAGAAGGUCCUGCAUGAUACUCUGGACAGCCUGAGUUCCCAGCUGUCUGUGGCUCGACAGAGGUGGGAGGACAACAGCACAGCCCUUCAUCAAAAUUACAAGGGACUGCUCUCUGAAUUUGGCCUGAAUGCAUUGGACAUCUGAAAGAUAGGCUCCAUACCAAUGAAAGCAGCUGAUCUUAUCAGUGGGACACAUUUGUUUAAUGUGGUCUCUACAACUUGGUUCUAUUUGAUUUGAUUGCUGCAUCUGUGUUUGGCUCGAUUGAAAGCAGCGUGGGCGACAGAAUCAAUUUGCAACUCACAAUUUAGAGUGCCUAACACACAGAUGAAUGUUGCUAUUAUAUAAUAUUUCACCAUCAAGGGUACAAAAUAGGCUGAGUUAUCUAUGCAUGCACUCAGCAGUUCACCGUGUAGUGUCUGUAAUGUUGUGUAAUGCCCACUAGAUGUAGCAAAUGACUGUUUAUAGUUGGGGAGAUGGUGGCCAGUAUUUAUUAGUUAUCCAGGCGUUCUUAGGUUGUUUUUGUGUGUAUUUUGUAUUUAUAUAAACAGUUGAUAUACUUUUUGAGGCAAGAUAUUUUUUAAGAUGAAUAAAAGUAUGUGAGGAUUAGGAUUACACUAACAUGGUGUGAAAUUAGUGAAAUUGGGAAAGAGUGUACUGUCCUGAACAUAACAUAACAUUUACCAGUAAAGACGAUCAUGAUCUUACAACGGGUAGGCACGGUAGCAAGAAUAGCAAUGUAAAUGCAGUUUCUCAGGCUAUGCUUUAUGCUGUGUCAGUCGACCAGAGGCUAAAUAUGGUAACAGGUGGAAGGCGAAACUGGCCACAUGAGCCACAGAGACGUAAGAGACAGCGUUACCAGCACUGCUGAACUGUAAUACUACUACACCACAGUGGUGUCAUUCAACCCACAACUAUGACGAAAAAAGAAAACACAAGGAAGGAAAAUAUUAAACAGUAAACAAAAAGUAAUGUUUAGCGUGAGGUAGACUAACAAUAGAGAGCAACAAGAGAAAGGCAAAAUAACAGUUAAUGAUCCAGGAAAUAUGAUUUAGCUGCCCAGCAUCAAUAAAACCUGACUUCCCCUGCAGGGAGGCAGAUAAACAGA